AAGUUCCGUAGUUUCCGGAAACUCGCGACUUCAUGAUCAGGGUCAAAGAACGCUCAAACGCUUGAAUCAUUAUGGCUGACAAAAGUUUUCAAAGUUUUAGAAAAUGAAUUUAAAUACGUUUUUUAACAUCUGACAUUUAUUUUUAACAGAAAUGUCUGAAAUAAACGGUCUACCUCCUUUGCCUCAAUGUUUUGACGGCUUGAUUAAGGUCGAAAGGACCGUCUCUGAGACCAGUCUGGGUGAAAUACGUGAGGGAACUAGCCAUUGCCUCAACAUAUUAGAUAAAAAUCAGAAUGAAAAUACGGGAACACGUAAAGAUAUAGCCGAAACAGAUGACGAUGACAACGUACUUGAGGACUCAGUGUCCCCUAAUUUUGAUGACACGCCAUUUUCUAAAUUAAAUACUGCAUUACGGAGGCUGAAAAAUGAAAUGGCUGGAUUAAGAAAAUUGGAUGUCACAUUGUUAUAUCAGUUGUGGACAUUACACGAGGCUAUUCAAGAAUAUAAAGCAGUAAUGCAGGACCAGUAUUCGGACAUGGGCUCCGAAUACUCUUGGGGUGGUCUCAGCAGUAGAGCAUGCUCUAUUACCAGUAUUGAUUCAUGUGACUUCAACGAGGAUUAUACCUUGCAGUCAAACCCCUCAAUCAUCAGCUCGUUACAGGGGAGCACUACCAGUCUGAUCCAGCAAAUAGAAGAGUUGAAAGUCAGGGCCGAAACAGAAUUUUAAGGCUAAGAAACCAUUAUUAUAGUAGCGGCUAUUUAGGAAAACAGUUCCAGUCAACAAUAUCAGUAUUCGGUAUAUACUGGUAAAAGGUUUUAUUACUUAAAUUAGACUUAUAUCUACCAUAUAUAAUAUUCUAGUAGAUAAGAAUUUUAUGCUUUGUAAACAAUAGAAAAACUUCAGAACACAUGGCAAAGGGGGGAUUUUCCAAGCUAAUCGCUGGAUUAUUCUCCCUGAAAUUGUUGGGGGGAAAAAAACAUUUGCCAAGUUCCAGAUAAAAUUUGUUGUGACGUUUUUCCUUGAAUUUUGAUUAAAGUUUUGUUUUUGAUAAAUAUUCUAUGAGUCAGGUAGAUGUUAAAAAAAAGACAUUUUAUUGUAGUAUCUGUUUAAGUUUAAACAAUUUUUUGUUCAAUUUUAGUAUCACUCUUGUAUUCUUUUCACAGGGUUUAGAGUUUUCUUUUCUUCUUUUUUUGUCAAUGUAUAUAUGUUUUUGACUUUUACUUGCUAGAUUUUCAUUCGAUUUUUUUUAAGGUAACUGUAAAGUCUUGCAUCUAAACACAAUAAUAUGAGUAUCUAAGAAAUAGUCAAAUUAAUAUGUGACAAUAGAUUCAUAUAGUUUUUAUUUAAAACCCCAGUUUUUAUUUAAAACCCCACUAACUAAAAAAUAUUUAGAGACAAGACAAUGA